CGGUUGCUGUCACUGGAGCUCAGCCUUGGAGCCUCUCUCUGUGUGUGCCCACAGGAGCACGCACAGGCAAGGCCAUACACGUGUGCACUUGCCAGUGCAGGUUUCUCGCCCUCUUCUCACGGCCCAUCUAUCCAGCAUGUCGGACAACAUCCCCAUCAUCUCCCAGGAGGACCUGGGCCAUCUCUUUCUGACCAAGUCCGAGUCUGGCUUCAGCCUCAGAGCUCAGUACCUGCCCCGGAACAUCAGUGUCUCUGUGAAACUGCUGACCAUUCAGUGGGGGACAGACAGGGAGCUCCCGGAGCUGCUGCGGGAGGUGGCCGAUGUUUGGAGCAUCCGGUCCAGUCAGCUGCUGCCCCCUGUCGGGGUGUUCAGGGCGCCGGGGCUGCUGGGAGUCGUGACCGAAUGGAUGGAAGCGGGAUCUCUGCAGGCACUCAUCCAUGAGCAUCAGUUGUUUCCGGAAGUGCCCUUUCCCUUGUGCAUGAGGAUCCUGGCGGAUGUGGCUGAAGGCCUGGACCAUCUCCACAAUCAAUCUCCUCCUGUUCUCCACCAGGCUUUGAAGCCCUCCAAUGUGCUCCUAGAUGCCCGACUCAGAGCCAAGAUAUCUGACUACGGUCUGGCCCAUUGGAGAGAGAAGAAUCAGAGAACUUCCCUGAUGAAUGGCAAUACCCGGAGCACCUGCGAUGUGGUCUAUCUUUCCCCUGAGCGGCUCCAUGGAGCUGAGCCCACCCCAAACAGUGAUGUGUACAGCUUUGCGGUGCUGUGCUGGGAGACUUUCAGCAGGCAGAAGCCUUUGGAGGAGAAGAAGACCCUGCUGGAGGCUGUGACUGGCAUCAGCUGUGGCCUGAGACCAGAAAUCGAGGAGGAGAUGGUCCCCAGAGACGUCCCUCGGCGCCCACAGUUGCUGCAACUCCUCAAGCUCUGCUGGCAUCAGAAACCCCAGCUCCGGCCCCCAGCCGCAGACUGUGCCGCUCUCCUAGAGGAAAUCCUUGCUGCCCUCGGUCCAGAGGAGGUCGCUAGUGCUGUCCACAGACUGAUUUGCACCAAGGAGAGGGCAACAGAAGACUGCAAGACUCCCCAGCCACUCACUCUCCAAAUUGAUUUGCCCAAUUUGGAGGUCCCUUACACCAAGAACCGUGACUCCAGGGUCAUCAGCAAAGAGCUUCCUCUGCAGAUACCCAGCCUGUCCACCAAGGCCUCGCCAGGGCUCAGCACAGGGAACAGGAAAGCAAGGGAGGACAGCCAGGAGGCGUCUGCGGACCGCCCACGCCCACCUCUGGUUCACCCAGCUCAUCUCAUCUGCAGUGGUCAGCAGCCAGCCCAGCAUCCCCCUCUGUCUGGUCACGGGAUGUCCAAUCUCAGAGCAAGUGAAAGAAGCAAUGGAUGGCAUUCCUGGAAACAGAGGCAGCAGGUCACCGAGUAUAGCCCCUCCCAUCAUUGCCCCCCAUCACUCAGGCAGUCAAAGCAGAUGGGUACGGGGGCCAGUCCCCCAGAAAACUGCUGCCAGGUGCUGGAGUUGCGGCGAGAAGCGAUCCUACGCCGCAUGACUGAGGGCUGGCUGAACCGAGUCUUGGAUGCCCUGCGGUCCCGCCAGGCCCUGUCACGUGCUGACUAUGAGGCCAUCACCUCUGGCCCCACAGUGACUGCCCGUGCCCGGGUGCUACUGGACACCUGCCUGUGCCUGGGGGAGGGGGCAUCCCAGGUGGUAGUGGCCGUGCUCUUGGGUGGGCCAGGCGGCCCCUUGGCCCGGGAUGGCUGCUGGCCAGAAGGCUUCACACUGACAAAAUGGCAGCGACAGUGAGCCAAUCUGCCUACCUCACCCACUGGGCUAAGACCACUGGGUUCUGCAUCAACAAGGGGCCCUGAACUGGACAAAGAGGAGGAGGUGCCCAUGGGAAGCCCAGGCUCCCCAGGGCCCUCCAGAUGCUUCGUGCUGAGAAGGCGGAUGGCAGUGUGAUCUAAGGGGCUGGGGGGGCUGAAUCCAGUUCAACCCCGGAGUUUGAGGAGCAUCUGGGGAAGCAGGGAAGAGACACCUGGCUGCACUAUUGGUCAAAGAGCCUGGGAGAACCAAGGGAGGAGAAAGUGUACUGGUCGCGGCAGCCAGUGGGGCACUGCUUGUUCCAGAUACAUGAGGAGCUGGGAAGGGUCAGGCCACAGAGUGGCAUCGAAGCAGCUACUACUCACCCUAAUCCUGAACUGAGUCUCCUCCUGAAAGCCUGGCCCCAGCCCUGGUCUUCGCCUCCAUCCCAGUGUGAGGGCUGUCAACGCAUCCUUACCCUCUGCUAGAUCAGAGGUGGCGGCUGAUAACCCGAUGCAUGGAACUGCCGGUCCUGGGCUCUGGUGCCUGGUUCUGCCUUCCACCAUAGUCACCAGGCUGGCCAGCAACCCCCAGAGGCACAGAAAGUGGGACAAGGACACCUUUGACAGGUGGAAGACAGAGUGGACUCUCUCAUUUUCAGGGGGUUAUGACCCCAGCAGCAAGGGGCUGUCAGCAGUUCAGGGGCCCCUGAGUCCCACCUUAUUCCUCAUAAUACUACUACUACUACUACUAAUAAUGAUGGUAUCUGUAAAGUGCUUACUAUGUGCCAGGCA